AAAGAAGCGGCCGUUGUGCAUUUUGUAGAAAGUGAUCAAAUUGCAAAAAUGAAGCACAUUGUAAUUGCAUUGGCGUGCAUCGUCGUCGCCAUUUCUGCGCGGCCAUCGCCUAACUUGUUGUGUGGUACACAAAAUCAAAUAGUGUGUUCUAUGAUGCCAUCCGCUCAAUCAGUUCCAGUUAUGCCGUUAUCAACAAAUAUUCGACAGACCUUCGACUUAGCUCCUACACAUCUGCCAUUACAAUCUGCGCCUGUUGCUGCUCCGAGCCAAGAUGCUUCCUUCCUGGUGCAGUAUCAGAUGCCAACGCCGUCUUCAAAUCAACAAGUUGCACCUGCAACCAGCUUUUCAAAUCAAUUCAAUCCAAAUGGUUUAGUUCCACUUAAUAGCGGUGGCUCUAGUUGGCCAGUUCAAAGUAAUAAUGUGGCACUGCCAUAUACCGGCGUCUCUAGUUUACCAGUUCAAAGUAAUAUUGGUGCACUGCCAUUCAACGGCGUCUCUAGCUUGCCAGUUCAAAGUAAUAAUUUUGCACUGCCAUAUACCGGCGUCUCUAGUUUGCCAGUUCAAAGUAAUAAUUUUGUGCAGCCAUUCAGUAUGCCAACCCAGGGUCAUGCUUUACUAACUCCAAUGCAGACCGGCAGUAUACCUACGCAAAAUGGCGGGAUGUUCAUGAACUCGUAUCCACAACAACUCAGGCCUGCAUCAACCAGAACCUACCAAACUUACUAAAUAUUUACUUUAUUUGUUACUUUUUUAAAUGCCGUUUAUUAAUAAAUGUACCAUCAUCAAA